UUCUGCUAAACCUGGAAACUUCCAUCGUUUGAGGCUAAAACUUCAACUGGGGCAGAUUUUAAGGAGAAACUUGGAUUUGUUUCUCUGGAACAGGAUGAAGCUUUGUGACAAAAAGUCGGCGUUGCUGGGAAUCACAGAAAACAUCGAAAUGAGGCUUUUCUCUUUAGAAGAAGAAACUGGGAUCAUAGCGACGCAGGAAAAAGAAGAGAACAAACAAACCUCUGAACAGACCCAGAGGUUCCGGUACCUGGAGCAUCCUCUGGCCCCUGACCUGGAGGAAGAGGAGGAGGACGAUGACCUGCUAGUCGAGAUCAAAACCAAACAACCAGCAGAACCAAAAACUGGACCUCCCGUCGUCAAGGAGACUUCUUAUUGUUCGCACAUCUUCAACAUAACAGACGACACACACAUCGAGAUGGAGUCUUUUCCGCCCAUCAGGCUUUCUGACAUCGAGCUGGUCGAGAUGAAAUCCGGCAGCUCUGACUGCGCCGCCCCGUCAUCCUUAAACAAACCUCGUCACCUUAAAUGGAAGAAACUGAAACCACAGAAGAGCAGACAUGUGGUUAAAGACGUGAUCUGUCUCCCAAAGGAAACGUUCCUGGAGCAGCUGGACAGUAAACAAACGGCUCCCCGACAAGCAGCCCUGGCGGCUCGCAUCACGGUCGACUCCAGCUGGUCAGCCAAUCAGAUGCAGAGUCGCCUGGCGUCGCUUUUUCAACCGCAGUUUGUAAAGAAACCAGGACAAAAGUUUUCCUUCACGUACCUACAGAGUGUGCGGAGCUCCAAGGUGCUGUUUGUCCCUGAUUCUCCUGCAGAGGGCUGGACCGGAGAGCAAGUCCUCCGCACCAGUGAACACGGUGCUUUGUAUAUAUUUAGUCACCACAGCUAUGAACAGGCACAAUAUGAAAGCAAAGCAUCCGUCUUAAAAAGGAAGGAUUCAGGGUCAAAGGUCAGCAGACGGAGUCCCGGUCCAGUGGGACAGAGGCAGCCUAAUGUCUGCCGGGCUCCAGAGAGGCUCACCCUCAACCUGGACACCAUUCUGAGGUUAUUGAGACUAGAAAACACAAACGCAGAAACUGUCCUGAAGGUGAGCAGAGGAGACGUCCUUUCUGCUGCGCUGAAGGAGGUCAGGAAACCAGGAUUCUGCUUCAGGUCCAAUCCGGUAGUUUCCUUCAGCGGAGAGGAGACGCUCUGCCAUGACGAAGCUCUCGGAGAGUUCUUCAGGCUGACCCUCCUGGAGCUGCAGCAGAGUUGUGUUUUUGAGGGUCAUCCGGAGCGUCUGUUUUUCACCUAUGACCUCACAGCGCUGGACGACGGGUUGUAUUACGAAGCGGGCGUUCUGAUUGGCUGGUCGCUGGCUCAUGGAGGACCUGGACCGUGCUGUCUGCACCCGGCCCUCUACCAGCUGAUGUGUUGCCAAAGUGCAUCUCUGGAGAAUUUUAACUGGAGGGACGUCGUUGAUGCUGAAGCUCAACUCCGACUGCAGGAGCUGCAGAGCUGCAGCGAUGUGCAGCGUCUCUCUCCCAGCCUGUGUGACUGGCUGUCCGGCUGUGGGAUCCAUCCGGCCUGUUCCAAACAGAUUCCCGCCGUUUACGCCCGCUUGGUGAAACACUACGUCUACCACAGGGCGGCCAGUAUGAUCUCCCAGUUCCUGGAGGGCUUGAACAGCUGCGGGGGUCUGUGGGAUCUGGUGAAGUCGCACUGGGAAACGUUUCUGCCGGUGAUGACCAGUACGGAGCGGCGGGCGCCGAGCCUGGAGGCUUUCAGACGCCUCUUCACGUUUUGCUUCAGCGAUCCGGACUCUGAGCUGAGGGGAGCUGAGGAAACCACAGCGGCUCAGUGGGAAACCGUCCUGAGCAUGGUCAGCGACGGUGAAACGUAUUUUUCCUUCGAAGACCUCCUCCUCUUCAUCACAGGAACCAAUCAUCUUCCUCCUCUUGGUUUCCCCAAAUUCAUCUCUCUGCGUUUUUACUCACAGGACUCGGUCUCGUCCGACCCGGUUCUCCCUCACGCUUUUGAGGAUUCUCUGGAGCUGUUUCUGCCCAGAGGAGUCCCAGAACCUCUGGACCUGUUGGUGCUGCUGAACAGAACCUUACACAGAACUCUGGAUCAAAGAUGUUUGCAUGCAGGCGGAGAUAUAAUCUCUCCUGAAAUUAUGACAUAGUUAUUAUAAAAGGAAGCAAACGGACAUCUUGGAGCAGCAUGUUGUCUGCUCAACGCAUUUAAAGUGUUUGACCUUCGGUUCCUAUAAUCUAAUUUGAUUUUGAUAAAUUGCUGACGGUGUCCUGCUGUUUGGAUUGUUUUGUGUAUUUUGACAAACCCUGGAUGAUUCAAGUCAUUUAUCUCAACAAUAAAAAUGUUGUUUAUAUACAUAAUCUUGUAAUUUACAGUGAAAUUCUACAGAUGGGAAUUUGAAGAUGGUCUACAUAAAGUUUUAUCAUUUUUAUUUUAUUUUUAACAUUUAAUGUAUAUUUAAUUCUUUGCUCCAAAGUACGCUUAAGGUUGCAAAAAUAUUGUAAUAAAGUUAAUUUAAGGUAAAUGAUCUGCACUUUGCAUGAAUAAUUUUAACAAACGAACAUUG